UUCAUUCGUGUUCGGCAAAGCAAACGGUGCGGUUAGAAGUCGUCGUCGUCGAUCGCUGCCUCCGUCAUCACGUUUUUUUCCACCUCCUCCAGCAGGGCAGUGAAAGGAAGAAAAAAAAGCAACGCAAAAAAGUCCGCAUUGUGCGUGUUGAAACCUGCUAAAAAAGCGCUGAUUAGCUGUGUUGAUUUUUUCCGCUGAUAAGCCGACUUUACUGCAGCCGCCAUGGACACGUCGCUGACCGCCAAGCAGAUCCGGAACAUUUUCCUGGACUUUUUCAAGGAGAAGGAGCAUCUGUACGUGCACUCGUCGUCGACGAUUCCGUUGGACGAUCCGACGCUGCUGUUUGCGAACGCCGGCAUGAACCAGUUUAAGCCGAUUUUCCUGGGGACCGCGGAUCCGAACAGCGAAAUGUCCAAGUGGGUGCGGACGGCGAACACGCAAAAGUGCAUCCGCGCCGGGGGCAAGCACAACGAUCUGGACGACGUCGGAAAGGACGUUUAUCAUCAUACGUUCUUCGAGAUGUUGGGCAAUUGGUCGUUUGGCGAUUACUUCAAGAAGGAGAUUUGUACGUGGGCGUGGGAGCUGUUGACGGAGCGGUUGAAGCUUCCGAGCGAUCGACUGUACGUGACUUAUUUCGGGGGGCAUCCGGAAUCGGGGCUGGAACCGGAUCUGGAGUGUCGGGAGAUUUGGCUGAAGUUGGGGGUUAAGGAGGAGCACAUUCUGCCGGGAAGCAUGAAGGACAACUUCUGGGAGAUGGGCGAAACGGGCCCGUGCGGACCGUGUUCGGAGUUGCACUUUGACCGGAUUGGUGGGCGGAGUGUGCCGGAACUGGUGAACAUGGACGAUCCGGACGUGUUGGAGAUUUGGAAUUUGGUGUUUAUCCAGUUUAAUCGCGAGCAGGACGGUUCGUUGAAGUUGCUGCCGAAGAAGCACAUCGAUUGCGGCAUGGGUUACGAGCGGUUGGUGUCGGUCAUCCAGGACAAGCGGUCCAACUACGAUACGGACGUGUUUGUGCCGCUGUUCCAGGCAAUUCAGAAGGGAACCGGAGCUCCGGACUAUCAGGGGCGUGUUGGAGCAGAGGAUGUCGACGGCGUUGAUAUGGCCUAUCGUGUGUUGGCCGACCACGCCCGUACCAUCACGAUUGCGUUGGCCGACGGUGGAUUCCCGGACAACACCGGUCGUGGUUACGUGCUGCGACGAAUUCUGCGUCGUGCCGUUCGUUACGCCAGCGAGAAACUCAACGGAAAGCCCGGAUUCUUCGCAACCCUGGUGGACACCGUCGUUGAACUGCUCGGGGACACUUUCCCCGAGGUCAAGAAGGAUCCGCAGCACAUCAAGAACAUUAUCAACGAGGAGGAGCAGCAGUUCCUGAAGACGUUGAGUCGCGGUCGCAACCUGCUGAACCGCACCAUUGCGAAGCUCGGAGACAGCAAGGUCAUCCCCGGGGACGUCGCUUGGCGGCUGUACGACACGUACGGAUUCCCCGUCGAUUUGACCGGACUGAUGGCCGAGGAGAAGAACAUGACCAUCGACAUGGAGGGCUACGAAAAGGCCAAACAUCAGUCGUACAUCAUUUCGCAGGGCAAGGAAAAGAGCAAGGCGGCCACGGUAGAUCUGGACGUGCACGCCAUCUCGGAACUGCAGGAGAAGAAGGUCCCAACGACGAACGAUACGUUCAAGUAUCACUACAAGGCGGAGAGCAUCGAUCCGUUGGCCGCGUACGUCUUUGAACCGUGCACCGGAAAGGUCCUCGCUCUGCGCUACAACAACGCCUUCGUCGAUGAAGUCCAGGCCGGCCAGGAAUGCGCCGUCAUCCUGGACAAGACGAACUUUUACGCCGAAUCCGGAGGUCAGAUCUACGACCAGGGCUACCUGCUGAAGGUCAACGACGAAAGCACCGAGUUCAACGUGAACCUGGUUUACAACCGCGGCGGUUACGUUCUGCACAUCGGAGUCGUCGAAGGAGUCCUGCGCGUUGGCGAUGAAGUGGCCUGCCACAUGGACGUCGUCCGUCGUCAGCUGACCAUGAAGAACCACUCGGCCACGCACGCCCUCAACCACUCGCUGCUGAAGGUGCUCGGACUGGACACCGACCAGCGCGGUUCUCUGGUCGUCCCCGAAAAACUCCGCUUCGAUUUCACCAACAAAGCCGCCAUGACCAUCGAACAGGUCGCCGAAGCCGAACGCCUCACCCGCGAAGUGGUCAAGAAGAACAUGCAAGUGUACGCGAAAGAGUCCAAACUGGCCUCCGCCAAAGCCAUCAAGGGACUCCGCUCCGUUUUCGACGAAGUCUACCCCGAUCCGGUGCGCGUAAUUUCCUUCGGCGUCCCCGUCGAAGAUCUGGAAGCCAACCCGGAAGGCGUCGCCGGCACGGAAACCUCCGUCGAGUUCUGCGGUGGAACCCACCUCCAUCAAUCCGGCCACAUGGUCGACUUUGUCAUCACGACCGAGGAGGCCAUCGCCAAGGGAAUCCGACGAAUCGUCGCCCUCACCGGACCGGAAGCCAUCAAAGCCCUCAAGAAAACCGAACUGCUCGAGGGCGAACUCAACGCCCUGAAGGCGACCAUCGACGCCGACAAGACCGGCGCAGAUUCCCGCGAGCACGUCAAAAAGAUCGUCGAACUCAACGAGGACGUCUCCCAAGCCGUCAUCCCGUACGUGAAAAAGGACGAAAUCCGUAACCAGCUGAAAUCGCUCAAGAAAACCCUCGACGACAAGGAACGUGCCGCGCGCGCCGCCGUCGCCACCACCGUCGUCGAAGCGGCCAAGGAACUGUGCGCCGCCAACAAGGACGCGCCCUUCAUCGUACACCGUCUGGAAGCGUUCAGCAACACAAAGGCCCUCGACUCUGCCCUCAAGGAGGUGCGCAAACUGAACGUUGAACAGUCCGCCCUGUUCGUCUCCUCCGAUCCGGACACGAAAAAGAUCUUCUGCCUGGCGUCGGUUCCGAAGUCGGCGGUUGAAAAGGGACUCAAGGCGAACGAGUGGAUUUCGCACAUUUCGCCGAGCAUGGGAGGAAAGGGCGGUGGCAAGCCAGAGUCGGCUCAGGCUUCCGGCGGGGCGUUCGACAAGGUGGAGGAGAUUUUGGAGCUGGCUCGUGCGUUUGCCGCAUCGAAGCUGGGUUAGAAGUAGUUUGGGGCGAGAAGCGUCUUUUGUAUCGAACCGGAAGUGCAUUUUUGUCAACACUUUUUUACUUAUUGCUAUUUGAAUAAUGUGUCGAAAAACAAUUGAUUGUAAUUUGUUCUCGUUAAAUUAUUUUCCAUUUUUUGAAAAACACGCAUCAAAAGAAGACCAGAUAAUUGCAUUGGAUAAAGUUUACGAAAUAAAGCUUGCUUUUUAGGCUCGUAAAAGAA